AGCGACAAUCUCCGACGGACAAUACCAAUAUCUCUUUAUGAGACCGGCCUUUGUCGCCAACAUCCUCCCAGGUCCAUCCCUCUGCACGAUUUCCCUAUAUAGCCGAGCUCUUUCGGUGCCUGGUGUCACAUCCCAUUAUUCCUACAACACCCACUUUCGCAACCAAUGAGCCUGCCAACAGUUCAUACCCUUGCUGAAAUGCUGAGAUAGAGCUCAAGCUCACGCCAAGUUCCUCUUCCUUUCCGAAUGCUCAUCUUUAUCUUCCGCAUAUUAGACAUGUUGACCUCCGACGACCCCCUGGAUUCCACGCUGUCUCUGGCCAUGGACCUGGAUAUCGACAAGUACGUGGACCUGCCCAGCAUCGAAUCUCUCCCCUCGACCUUGUCCCCCACAACCCCCGUCAUUCAUACCCCGGUUUCAAUCCCUGUCUCUGUCCCAGUGGCCUCCCCCGUUUCUGCCCCCGCUUCUCUCCCCGUCUCUGCAUCCCCACCCCCCUCUCCAUCGACCCCCGCGGUCCUUUCAUUCCCAACUCCUCAACCCUCUCCUCCCAAUCCGAUCCAACCCCAGCUCCAAGUCCAACUGGCAGCUCCAGCUUCAGCUCCAACUCCAGCUCCAACUCCAACCCCAGCUCCAGUUUCAGCUCCAGUUUCAGCUCCAGCUGAACCCUCAGCCUCAAUCCCAGCCUCAAUCCCAGUCCCAGGCCCAGUCCCGCUCAAAAAGAAAAAGUCAGUGACCUGGGGCCCCGUGGUCGAAUUCUCCGACGAAGAAGAAUAUUCUGAUGAGGACAACGACGAGGAAUAUCACGAAGACAGGGAUGACUAUUACUACGGGGAAGAGGCUCCCUGGACCGCGUGGUCCCAGCAAUACUUCUCUUAUGUAGCAGCAGCACCCGCAACCCUAACUCAAGCUCCUGUUCCGACUCACACCUACCAGCCUCUUGACUACCAACAUUACUACUACAAUUACAACCUCCAGCCCCAGCCUCAGCCACAGACCAUAUUCUCGGCUCCAGCUCCAGCUCCAGCUCCAGCUCCAGCUCCAUCUCCAUCUCCAACUCCGGCUCCAGCUUCAGCUUCAGCACCAACCCAAAUCCCCGCUGCAAUGCCAACCAACAACUACCAUCACAACUACAGACGCCAAGAAGCGCCUCCGAUGCCCCGCCCAAUCCGCAAGCCAUCUACAAACGCCGAUCAAGCCACGUUUUGCCGGAAUCUGUGGCACAUGGCGGAGAUGGCGGAGCUGCAACGAAAUAUCGUCUAUGAGGCGCUGGCGAUAGCGGCCCCGGGAUAUGUGGACCAGGUGAUGAGGGUGGAAGAAUGGUACACCUGGCAGGUGGCGAGGUUGCAUGCGAUGAGGGCGCGUCAGACGACCCCCGCGAGGGGCCCCGUCAUUAACGGUAGAGUUCAGAAAAAUCUCAACAUAAGAAAGCGUCGAUUGCCGUCCAGAAAACCCCCUGGCGAGGAAUUCUACGCCGACGAUGACCCGGACUUGAUCGAACGGACAGAGAGCUGGCUGUAGGCUCAGAGUCUGCUGGGCAGACCGGGCACGACUCUACAUGCGUCAAGUAUACAACAUAUAUAUUGCAGAUCUCGGAGAA